UAUGGACGUAUACACAAAGAUACUUAAGUCUAUACAUUGUACAUAAGUUUCUUCUAAAAAAUUAUUGUCAUUUAAGGAAAAUAGUGCUUCGAUCAUAUUGAAUAAAAAUUAAAAUCGAUUAAAAACAUAUUAAUAUAUAUUAAUUACAAAAUGUCACAAUUAGAAUUAGAUCCUCAAUUUACACAAGGAUUAAGACUUUUACAUUCUACAAAUAAAGAUUCUGCUGAACAGUUAAGGGCGCUUUUAGAUGAAAUAAUUAAACAGAAGUAUGGCCCAUCUAAAAUGCUUUCUAAUGUGUUGCACAAAAAGUAUAUGAUGGAAGAACCAGUAUUGAGUGAUCACAGUAGCAGUAGCAGCAGUAAAAAGAGUAAAAGUUCUUCUAAACAUUCGAGUAAAUCAAGUAAAAACAGUUCUCCAGUUAAUUUACCAGCACGUGAUACUCCUCCAGAGAUUAUUCAAUCUGAUGACACAUUAGCAUUAGAAAUUUUAGAAGACGAUUUAACUUGUGUUAUUUGUAAAGGAAUGGAUGUUGGAGCGAGAAACAGACUUGUUGAAUGCGUAGAAUGUCAUUCUUUAUAUCACCAAGAAUGUCACGUUCCACAUAUAUUAGAUUCGCAAAUAGAUGUUCCAAGACUAGUGUGGUAUUGUUCAAACUGUACAAAAUCUCAGACACCAAAAGAAAGAAGCUCACCAAAGACUGUAAUAGAGAGUAAAUCCAAAGAGCAAAAGAAACCUAAUUCAAGCUCGAAGCACUCAGAAAAAUACAAAUCAUCAUCAAAUAAUGUAAAUCAAUCACAACCUAUUAAUAGAAAUAGUUUUCCAUCUGGCAUAGGUGGUGGUCCGAAGAUCAUACCGAACAUUCAUAUCAUUAGUGCAGAUAGGAGAUUGAAGGAUAUGAUGAAAAAGGCAAAACAAGAGAAGCGUAGUACAAACAACAAUGCAAAUUCCAAAAAUUCCUCUUCUGCUUCACCAGCGAGUUCUUCAGGGAAAUCUUCUCAGGAAAAAUCUGUAAUGUACAAAAUUAAAUCAGGAGUAGAGUGAGAUGUUUAAUUUCAUUACAGAUAACAUCCUACCUUAAAUAUGAAAUCGAUUGACAUGGUAGCCAGUUGUUUGCCUAGUUCAAUGUAUAAAAUGUAAUAACAUUUUUUUUUAUUCAGUAAAACAUAAAAGAAUAUCAAAUCUUCUUGAUAUAAAUAUAUAUAUAUGACCAAUAAGUUUUUAAUAUUAUAAAUAAAAUUCACUUGAAUUU